GCUGCUGCUGCUGGAAUUGCUGAGGCGGUUGCUGCUGCUGCUGGAAUUGCUGAGGCGGUUGCUGCUGCUGCUGGAAUUGCUGAGGUGGUUGCUGCUGCUGCUGGAAUUGCUGAGGCGGUUGUUGCUGUUGCUGCUGGGGCGGUUGUUGCUGUUGCUGCUGGGGCGGUUGUUGCUGUUGCUGGGGCGGUUGCUGCAAUUGUUGUGGAGGCUGCUGUCGCUGCUGGAACUGUUGAGCUGGCGCGUGUUGUCGGAACUCCUGCUGUGGUGGUGGCAAAGGCGAUUGUUGUUGCUUUGAAGGAGGAUCUUGUGAGGGCUUCAUAUCACGAGGAAUACAUCAUAAUCUUAGUUGUGGAUUGCCUUGAUGGCUCAAACUUGGGAGCACCGGCGCCUUUUUCCUACGCUUGUACCCCUUACCCAUUACAUGCCUUCCUUCCCAAUAGUCCUCCCACGUACGCUCAUCUAUGCUACAUUAUGAAAGUGAGCAAAAGUAGUGGGAGUAUUGGCAACAGCACUCCUAAGACUUCGCGAUGUUCUCCCGAUGGUCGAUCUUCUGUUUCCCCUGAUAGUACGAAAGGAGAUCAUCUUGAACUUGCAUCUACUUCAUCUAGCACAGGCAUCAGGACUAAAGACAACGAUAGCUUUGAAGGAAGCACUUCGACGCCUGAGGAUGAGCAUUCGCAAUCACUACAUUGUGAUUCCUCCUUCUUUAAUGUCUCCAGAUUCGAAGAAAAGGAAGAACUACGUCAUCUGAAUGACAGAUUCGCAUUCUACAUC